AUCCUUAUACACUUUGGUCAGAAUACAGUGUUGACAUAUGCGCCUCGUGUUGAGCGGCAUGUGUGGUGCCCGAAUCUGAACUGUGAAUUACACGCUUUAUCAAAACAAUGGAUAUCAUAUUGAGUAAUUUCAUCGUCGAUGAACAUCCACAGGUUUCAGAGCCCCCCAAGAACACCAGUAUCGCAGUCAAUAACAAGGAUGAAAUUCCGAUACGUUUUACCAAAGUGCCAACGGGUAAAGCAAUUAUUGCUAAAAAACGACCCCAAGUGAGCGUUCAGAAUAGCGCCAGCAAUGAAAAAUCACGCCCACGAGAGAAUGGUGAAACCAAGGGCAAUGUUCCUUCAACCGCCGAAAAGCGCUCUACAGAACAGGUGGUAAAGCAAGAGAUACGUAAAGUGAAAACAGAAACCCCUGCCUACAGACCGCUAUUGAGCAAACCAACUGACUCGAUUCGGCCGCCUGAAGUACGUCCAUUUCAAGAGAAGCUGUUCAGUGAGCAAUCCUUCGACUCGCUUGAUAUUCACCCUCACUCGAAGAAGAAUAUCGCAGAUCUGCUACAAUAUGAACACCUAACAACGGUGCAAAGCAUGGCAAUACCGUCACUGCUCAAGGGCACCGAUGCAUUGAUACGCGCCCAAACUGGUUCGGGGAAAACGCUCGCCUAUGCGCUGCCCCUUAUCGAAAGGCUGCAUACCAUCAGGCCACAGAUCCACCGCAGCGAUGGGAUUCGGGCGGUAGUUAUCGUUCCAACGCGCGAGCUUGCUGUACAAACGUAUGAGUUGAUACAAAAGCUGCUGAAACCCUUCACCUGGAUCGUCCCAGGGUAUCUGACUGGAGGCGAGAAGCGCAAAACCGAGAAGGCUAGACUGCGGGCCGGUUUGAACAUACUGAUUGCGACACCGGGACGCCUGUGUGAUCACAUUCGGAAUACGGAAUCGCUCAAGUUUGGCAAUGUGUGCUGUCUCGUGUUGGAUGAAGCGGAUCGUUUGCUCGAGCUUGGAUACGAGACGGAUGUGAAACAGAUUAUCGAAGCAAUGCGGGAAGCCCGAGAGGAGAAGGAUGAAAACGAAGCGAUGAAGAUGCAAACCGUUUUACUGUCCGCUACGUUAACUGCAUCGGUUAAGGAGUUAGCUGGGCUAACUCUGCAGGAUCCGGUGUACGUUGAAACGAGUGAGGUGGUACAGCGUGAGACGCCAUCGGUCGAGCAAGGCGCAAACAUAUGUACCGAUCAGCUUCUUAACGUUGGCGACUACGUGUCCAUACCGGCUACAGUGAAGCAGCGCUACUUAGUGACCGUACCCAAGCAGCGGCUCGUUGCACUGAGCGCACUGAUCGUACAUGAGCAGCGCCAGAAGCCUUCGAAAAUACUGGUUUUCAUGGCUACCCAGGAUUUGGUAAAUUUUCACUAUGACGUUAUGACGGAGGUGCUCACGCUGCAAAAGUUCGGCAGCACUGUCGACAAUGAAGCGAGCGAAAGUGAAGAAGAUAUCAACGACGAUAAUAACGGCCCCACGGAUAGCAGCAAUGUUUUACUGCCUGGGUUGAAAUUUUACAAACUGCACGGACACAUGACGCAGCUGGAGCGUAUCUCGGUGUUUAACGAGUUCCGCAAAGCCACGGCAGCGGUGCUAAUUUGCACGGACGUUGCGGCCCGCGGUAUCGACAUCCCGCUGGUGGAUCUGGUGGUGCAGUACCAUGCGCCGCAAAUACUGGCCGACUAUGUUCACCGCGUGGGUCGGACAGCGCGUGCAGGGCAUACGGGCAAGGCAGUGAUUUUCCUCGAACCGGCCGAGCAAGAAUUCAUUCAAUACCUCACGGACAAACACAUCAGAAUCCAAGAGCAAAAGAUAGAUGGAAUUAUUAAAAACUUUGGACUAUUUGUGAACCGUGCUCAGAAGCGCAAGCCCAUCAAUAAGAUCCAUUGGGCGUACGAGAUACAGCACCGUUACGAGCGCCUCAUAAAGAAAGAGGAUCAACUAUUCGACAGCGCUAAAAAGGCGUACGUCUCGUGGGUAAGAUAUUACUCCAACUUCCAAAAGGAACUGAGAAACAUAUUUUGCAUCAAAGCUAUCCACCUGGGUCACUACGCGAAGUGUUUGGGUCUUAGUGAAGCUCCCAAACAGUUGCUACAGUUCCAUACGGACACUAAGCAGGAUAAGGCAUCGAAAGCAAGUUCACAGAGAUCAAGAAAUUCAAAUAAACUGCACCGAAGAGAUGAUACCAAGCAAUCCAAAAGCGUGUCAAGAAAUAGAAACUUCGACGAUUCGCGCCCAAGAAAAAGAGGUUUAGAGCAGCCGGGUAUGGGACUACAAAAAUUGAUUGAUUUAUCGUCUCGUUCUCGUGUUUUAAAUACGUCUGAAUUCGGAAGCGGACUCGAAACAGUUCGUAAAAAAGCAAAAAUAAAUUAAUUUCUGAAGCUGGCA